GUCAUUAAACAUGUCAGCUGUUUCUUCUGACUGAAGUUAUUUUUUUCCAUCCUGAUUUUGUCUCUGCUGACUAACGGCCUGAGGGAAACUCCGUCAUCCUCGUUGGAUUUUUGUUUUUCCGUUCGUUCGGGUCUCGUCAGCAUGAACGUGUUUCCUUCUUUGUCAUGCCAGAACCCCCUCCACCCUUUAACUCCGACACAACCGGCUUCCUGUCCCUUCAGCUGUUCCCCUCCUCUCCUUCCCAGAGCCUCUCCAGAGCCUCUCCAGAGCCUCUCCAGAGCCGCUCCAGCCGCUCCGCCGUCUCCUUCUGCUCGUUGUGAUUUUGGUGUUUUUGUUUUUCGAUGUGCUGCUCGGUGGGUUUUGCCCGGUCUUUGGGCCUGGCUCUGCUGCCGCUGGCACUUUGCAGCAUUUUGGCCAACCUGCUGCUGCUGUUUCCAAUGGGAGAAAUCUCCUACAUCCAGCAGGACCGACUCGCCGGAUACAUCUGGUACUUUGGUGGACUGGGAGGCGGAGGGCUGCUGAUGCUGAUUCCAGCUGUGGCCUUUAUCACUCUAGGGAAAUGCAGCUGCUGCUGGAAUGAAAGCUUAAUGAUGUGCGGCUCGGUUCUGGCGGCCAUCGUCGGCCUCCUGGGCUCUGGUUACUGCUUCGUCAUUUCAGGCCUGGCUUUGGUUCAGGGCCCCAACUGCUUCACCUCCUAUGGGUGGUCGUACCCCUUCGCAGACCAGCGCGGCAGGUAUCUGUUGCAGCCUGAAAUUUGGUCGCGGUGCCUCCAGCCCAUCAACAUCGUAGAAUGGAACGUCACUCUGCUGUGCGUGUUACUGGGCCUCGCAGUGCUGGAGUUCAUUAUCUGCCUUUUACAGCUUGGAAACGGUUUAGUGAACGCCAUCUGCCGGCCCUGCUGCUACAAGCAGGAGUACAGUCUCAACGCUUAGAGAGGCACAUCUGCACAGACGCUGAGCCUAUCAGCUGUUUCAUGCUGAUGAGCUACAACAGGGACGUCAAACUCAUUUUCAUUUUGGGCCUUAUCAAGACCAUCAGUGUUCUCAAAGGGCCGGCUGUACCAGAAUGCAUUCAUAAAACAAAUAACAAAAUGUUCAAAUUUUAAUAAAUUGCUGUGUCUCAAUAUGUGCUUCUUAAAAUUAAAUAAUAAAGAACAACAUUGCAACAUUGUAAGUAGAGAAAAAAAGUGUCAAUUUCCACCCAAAGACUCAUAAAUUAGAGUUUAAGCUCAAAAACUUUUGAGAAAAUCUUUGAAAUUCCUGAACUUGAAAAAUUUGUAAUUUAAGUACAAAAAUCUGAAAUUUUGAGAUGAAACUUUUCUAGAAUUGGAUAUAGGUUUUGAGUGUCAAAAGUCGAAGAUUUUCCGCUUUUGAAACUCAGAAAUUUUCAAGCUUUUUUUUUUUUGGAAAUUUCUGAGAUCCACCUCAAUAGUUCUGAGUUUUUUUCUAGCAAAUGUUCAACUUUUCAAGACCAGAAAUUUUCAAGUUUUCACACAAACAUUUCUGAGAUUAAGCUCAAAAUUUCUGAUUUUUUUUCUUUUAAAACUUAGAAAUUCCAAGUAUUUUCUAGGGAAUUUCUGAGGUUACUCUCAAAAGGAUUUUUUUUGCCAGACAUUUUCUCCAGUGUUUUGUAUCCACAGUGGGUUGUUGGAGCCGCUGCAGGAUUUUACAAUUUUGUGAUUUUUUUGUUGUUGCAAUCAACAUAAGUGAUUGUGCAGAGCUAACUUAGAAAUACAUGCAAAAAAUGUUGUGAUAUUUAUAAAUGAUGUAUGUAAAACAGCAAAUGUGACUUUUUGUACUUGUCUCUUCGAUCAGGACUAAAAUAACGUUGAGGCAGCAAUGAAAUAGAAGUAAGAAAUGUGGAGUGACUUUGUUGUUGUUGAUUGGUUGUCUUUUAAAUUACUCGCCUCUGUCUCACAAAAUAAAGUCGGAUGUCUUCUUUAUGCAGUGUGUGAAUCAAAGUACCUUCAACCUUCAAGUGUCCUUUUAUCACAUUUUUAGGUGUCUUGUGUUUUUUACCUGUUGCUGUAAAUUGAUACCUUGAUAUCUGUCAGUUGGUGGUUCAUCAUUAAAUGACAUUUUAUAUUUGUUUUAGUUCUUUUUUAUAAUGUGCUGUUUAUUUGUGCUGCAUUGAGUAAAUAAAUCAUUUCAACGUCAUUUA